AGAGGGGAUAUAAAUACAUCUUCUAGGACUAAGCCUGUUACAUAGAACGAAUCCUUCAAAUUCAAGUCAUCUUUUAUUGUUGCUUCAAUUGUUUGAUUCUUUGAAUUCUUUUGGUUCAUAUUUUUCUUCUUGUACAUACGUAGUGGUUGUGGUUAUAUUAAUAUUGCUCUGAUUCCCUCUGUUCUGUUGACAAAUUCUUUGCCUUUAGACUAAUUCAAUAUAUCUUCCAUAACAAUCAUUUUCAAGUGGAAAAGUUGGCAAAGAUGACAAAAUGUUCAAUGGAGCAGGAGCUAGGGUGUGGUCUAAUGGGGGGAGUUUUACAACGUUGGAGCAACUGGUCGAAAAAAUCAUCGGUGCCGGCACUGCCCGGAAAAGGGAUGAACAAGGUUUCAAAAGAACCGGUUACUGAUAAGUCUAAGAAGCUUUCAAACAAUGAUGAUUCCAGGAGGAGACGGAGUACCAGCACCGUGGAGCCUGUCCUCCUGGAUUCAUCCAACUUGGCUAAGCCUUUACCGGAACAGGAUCAGAAACCGGUAAGGAAGUCCGAGUUGUUGCCACCGCGAAACUCGGUUUCGUAUUCUCACCCUGUGAAAGACAGUAGGAGACGUUCAAAUACCGGCAGAAGCUCGACAUCGUCCUCGUCUGGCUCAACACAUCACUCCAAGGAGCUUGCUAAGGUAACCACUAGUGAUCAACAGCAAUCAAACAAUAGCAAAGCUCUUAUUCGAGCAACUUCGAGUAAUAUAAUGCUAGCAGGCCAGUUGGGAAACUUAAGACAGCUUGGAGCUGGGAGUGCUGUAGGGAACAAUGGUUCCAAUGCAACAAUCGAAGCUUUGGAUAAACUACCAAGAAAAAACAGCCUUGGUAAACUUGGUGGUUCAGUGAUGGGCAAUAUUAUAAGGCAACCUAGUGAUGAGUUUAAACAGCUUCACGGUCUAACAGGUAGAUUGGAUCCUGAAACACUGAAGAACAAGGGAAAUGAGGCAUACAAGCAAGGAAGGUUUGAAGAGGCAUUGGCUUUAUACGAACGAGCAAUCUCUCUCGAUUCUAAACAGGCGACAUAUCGGUGUAAUAAAAGCGCUGCCUUGUUAGGUUUAGGCCGUCUUAUGGAGGCUAUUGUUGAGUGCAAAGAAGCUAUCCAGCUUGAUCCUACUUAUUGCAGAGCUCAUCACCGUUUGGCAACAAUUUAUUUGAGAUUGGGAGACCCAGAACAUGCAUUAUAUCAUUACAAACAAGCCGGAAAUCAUGCAGACUCUAAUCACAUAUCUGAAGCUCAAACUCUAAUCCAACGUCUCAAAAGAUGCUCUGAUGCACGAAAAUCACACGAAUGGAACACUUUACUCAAGGAGACUCAAUGUGUUAUAACCUCAGGAGUCGAUUCUGCACCCGAGGUCUAUGCUUUACAAACAGAGGCCUUGUUGAAGAUCAACAAGCAUCAAGAGGCUUGUAUAACUUACAACAAAGGACCAAAAUUUGCCAUUGAAUCGUGUAUUAAUUUCUUUGGCCUGACUGUUAGUGCUUAUCUUUUAAUGAUCAAAGCACUGGUAAACAUGGUUUCUGGCAGGCUAGAUGAGGCUGUAUCAGCAGCUCAGCAUGCGGCUAGACUCGAUCCAGGCAACAAGGAAAUAAGCCUAGUGGUAAAGAGGACUAGAGCAGUAUCGUCAGCUCGAUUGAGCGGUAACUUGCUCUUCAAGGCAUCAAAAUUUGUAGAGGCUUGCAUCGUAUAUGGUGAAGGACUCGAAUACGAUUCAUACAAUCCACUUUUGCUAUGCAACAGAGCAGCUUGCAGAUCAAAGUUAGGCCAAUUUGAAAAAGCCAUUGAAGAUUGCACAGCUGCUCUCAAUGUUCAACCAUCUUAUAGCAAGGCAAGGCUAAGGAGAGCUGAUUGUAAUUCCAAGCUUGAAAGAUGGGAAACUGCAAUCCAAGAUUAUGAGAAGUUGAUAAGGGAAACCCCUGGAGAUAAGGAGGUGGCUCGAGCUUUGUUCGAGGCUAAGGUCCAACUCAAAAAGCAGCAUGGUGAAGACAUUGAGGACUUGAAGUUUGGGUCAAAUCUAGUUUUGGUCUCUAGCAACGAGCGUUUCAGGCACUUUGUAACCUCAGCUGGGAUGACUGUGGUGCUAUUCUGUAACAAAACAAAACACAAGAAAGUAGUGCAAAUUAUGGAACAAGUGUGCAAGAGAUUCCCAUCAAUCAACUUCCUCAAGGUGGAGAUAGAAGAUCAUCCCUACUUAGCUAAGUCAGAGGCAUUAACCUGCAUUCCAGCUUUCAAGAUAUACAAGAACGGAUCAAGGGUUAAAGAAGUUCCAGGCAAUGACCCUGAAUUGCUAGAAAGAUCAGUCAAAUUGUACAGCAGUUGAGGACAGAAUGAAACAACAUCAUGGGGCAAGUGCAAAGAGAAGAUAUGCAGGGAGAUUUGUCACCUCUUUGUUCACAAAGAAAGAGAGCCAGGUUCAACAAGAGAGAGAAAUUUUAAUGAUGGGGCUAAUCCUAAUAAAAUAUGCUAAUGAUGGGGCUAAUCUUAAUCAUGUCUGCUCAGUCACUUUACCAGCAUUAGACUCAUACAUGUCUAAAAAGCUGUGAGAAAUUUGGGCGGCAACUUGAGAUUUAAAUAUGGAAAAGGGAGAUUUUUAUUUUUUAUUAUUUUAUUUUUCUUCUUUUACUGUUUUAAAGGAAAGAAACAAAGAGUUGUGUAUAUUGCAUUUAUAGAAAUGGAACCAAAAAAGAAAAAAUAGUAAGUGUGAGGAUAGAAAAGAAAAUUUGGUUUGUUUCUUUUAGCAGAAAGAUUGCAUAAUGGAAAGGUCAUGAUUAGUGCCAGUAAUGGAAAUGCCAAAAGAAUGUCCAGAAAGGAACUGUAUGCUAUUAUUUUUAUUUUCAGUUUUUCUACUAUACAUAGGUUAACACUUUUCUUUCUCCCUCCCAGUUUUUCAAUAAUUUUUUUAUUUUCAGCAAAUUGUUUAUUUUUAUAAAAAUUAAAAGAAUUUGAUCUUAUCAAUUUGAUAUGCGAUCAACGCGACAUUAAUACUUUCAGUUAUUUGUACAUAAUUUUAAUUUGUAUGAUAACAAAUUUAGCAUUUUAUGUUUAUACAUUCUAUGUAAAUGUAAACAGAACUAUAAAUGUUGCAGGUUAAAUCAAAUUCUAUUACACCAUGUUUGGUUCGAUGGAAUUGGUAUUUCAUUCCGUCUCUAUUCUGUGCGGUACAGUAAUUCCGUCCCUAUUCCAUGUUUGGUUCACAAUUUUCUAUUCAGUCAACCAUUCUAUUCCAUCCCUAUUCCGUGCGAUCUUGUAAUAGCCAUUCUGGGCACGUUUGUCUGAAUUGCUAUUCCAAACCACCCGUAAUAACAUUUUCCCCUUUUUGGACCAAAAUAGCACGCGUCUGUUCUUCAUCGUUUUCACUCACUUCUGCAGAUUUCUUCCUCAACAUUUAUCCCCAAACUGAACCCCAGAAAUUAGCUCUUUAAUCGACGACAAAUCAAUCAUCCAUUCGCCAUCUUCAUCUUCAUCUUCCUUCUAGUUGAACGUCCUUAUUUACAUGUGUUAUUGCAACUUGAAUUCUUUGGCAUGUUUGAUUGCUUCCUCCACCCACAAUUGAGCGUCUUGUAUUCACUAAAUCACUGUGUUUCAGAAUCAAAUAUUUCUUCCCAAACUUCUCGAGGAACCAAAAGGAAAUGGGUUCCAGAAGAAGAUGCAGCGUUGGUUUCUCGUAUGGUGGACUUGCACAAUGUUGGAACCUUUAAUGCUGAUACGGGGUUCAAAGCCGGUUAUUUAAACGAGUUGGAAAAAUGUUAGAAAAAGCUUUACCCAAUGCAAUGUUGAAGGCUAGACCUAAUAUUGAAUUGAGGAUUAGGGUACUGAAAAGGGAUUGGUCAAUCGUGUAUGACAUGCUUAAUGGCCAAAACAAUAGCGGUUUUGGUUGAGAUAAGCAUAGGCAGCUCGUUGUUGCUGAAGAUGUGGUUUGGAACUCUUAUUUAAAUAGUCAUAAAGAAGUUAGUCAAUUCAGACAUCGUAGUUGCCCUUACUACGAUCAACUUACUACCAUCUACGCAAAAGAUCGAGCGACUGGGAAAGAUGCUCAAAUAGCCGCUGAUGUUAUUGAAGAAAUAAAUGUUCAGGAUGUACCUACUACAGAUAUUAAUGAAGAAAGAAACGAAAUCUAUGACUGCGAAGCUGAUGUCUCUUUGGAUGACAUGGAUGUUUCUACUACAGAACCGCAACCAGAUAGUCACCAAGGGGGUUCCACAUCAUCAAAGAAGAAAAAAAAGAAUUCUGAUGCAAGUGAUCAUAUUUCUUCAUUUCAUGAUGCUACCACUUUAUUGGCGGAAAACAUGCGGGCCAUUGGCGAACAAAUCAGCAGGAGUAUUGCCUCAAAUGUGGUAGUUCAACAAAAGUCAAAAGAAUUCCAGAUCAUCCAAGAAAAAGCUAUAAAUUUAUAUCCAACCUUAUGUGAAAUAGAAAGUUUAACUGUGGAUGAGCGCUAUCGAGCAUUUUCUUUAGUUUACCUUCUGAUGUGCGGUUGGAAUGGGUCAGAAGAUUUCUUGCUGACCAUUAAAAAUCAUGGUUCUGUUGAUGAUAUUUUGGUAACUUUUUCUGUUUGUAAUAUUUGAGAUGGUAUGUUAUUACAAUGUUCUAACUUUUUGAUGUUGUAAAACUGUAUAACAUAUGUAUUAUGACAUAGAAUUUCAUGAAUUUCAUGUAACAUUUUGUUAA